AUGUUGAAAACGAAAACCAUUCGUCUCAAUUCCAUACUCUCAUUGCAAUUACUUCCCUUCUUCUCCGAUAAUUAUUGCUACGCAUUGAUCAAUCAUCGUACCAAACAAUUUGCAUUGGUAGAUCCAGCUGACCCAGCCAAGAUUCAACAAUACCUUUCCGAUGUCCAAAAUCAAUUUCAAGAUAAAAAGCUGAUUGCCAUUCUCUGUACUCAUAAACAUUAUGAUCAUGCAGGUGGUAAUUCCUAUUUUCAAAAGAUCGAUCCAUUGAUUGAAAUUUAUGGAGGUACUGAAUCGGAAGCAGUAAAUAAGGUGAUUCCAACGGAAGAAAGAAAAGGCUUUGAAUUUAAAUUAUUUGAUGAUCAAACACAAAUUCAAGCCUAUCAUACGCCAUGUCAUACGAAAGGACAUGUCUGUUAUGUUUUGCAGAAUAAGAAGGAGAAUGGAGAUGAAUGGAAUUGUGUUUUCAGUGGAGAUACCAUCUUUGCAGCUGGAUGUGGAAAGUUCUUUGAAGGUUCAGCCCAAGACAUGUACUCAAAUAUUCAAUUGAUUCGAUCAUUAUUUUCGGACGUGAAUGAAGCAAAACGAACAUUGUUGUGUUGUGGACAUGAAUAUACUGUAAAGAAUGUUCAAUUUUUGGUAGACAGAAUUUCUAAUGUGCCACUUGUCACCCAAUAUUUGGAAAAAUUCAAAAAUUUGAGCAAUAAUGGAGAAUUCUGUGUUCCAACAACCAUUUGGGAAGAAUUUGAAUUGAAUCCUUACUUUAGAGCUAUUGAUGAUGAAAAUUGUGAAUUGAAUUCAGCACAAGAAAAGUCCAACUAUUUCCGUAAAAUGUCAGAAUAUUUAGGAGAGCAAGACGUCACUACUUCCAAUGCUGCUGUUGAUUUAUUAAAGAAAGUGAGAGAACUGAAGGACCAAUAUUAA